AUGUCAUUUAUGAAGACUGGAAACCAAACAAUGGUAACAGAAUUCAUUAUUUUGGGGUUAACAGAGCAUCCUACACUUUGUUCCAUCUUCUUUGUGGUUUUUCUAGGAAUCUAUAUUGCUACCAUAUUAGGCAAUGUCAGCAUAAUUAUAUUAAUCCGAAGAAGCCCUCAGCUUCACACCCCGAUGUACCUUUUCCUCAGCCAUUUGGCCUUUGUGGACAUUGGGUACUCCUCAUCAGUCACACCUAUUAUGAUUGUGAGUUUCCUAAAAAAAGGAACUACCAUCCCUGUCGUUGGCUGCAUAGCCCAGCUUGGCUCUGAUGUUAUCUUUGGAACAGCUGAGUGCUUCCUGCUGGCAGCCAUGGCCUAUGAUCGCUACGUGGCCAUCUGCUUCCCACUCCUCUACUCUAUACACAUGUCUCCCAGCGUCUGCAUCGUCUUAUUGGUUGCUUCCUAUCUGGGAGGAUGUGCAAAUGCUUCAUCAUUUACUGGAUGUUUACUGAGCUUGACUUUCUGUGGACCGAAUAAAAUCAAUCAUUUCUUCUGCGACCUUCCACCACUAGUGAAGCUCUCAUGUACCCAUAUUUAUGUUGCUGAAAUAUCUCCUGCCAUCUCAGCUGGGUCAAUCAUUGUAAUCACACUGUUUACCAUAACUGUUUCAUAUCUGUACAUCCUCCACUCGAUCCUGAAGAUGCACUCAACAGAGGGAAGGCACAAGGCUUUCUCUACUUGUACUUCCCACCUCACUGCAGUCACUCUGCUUUAUGGGACAGUCACAUUUGUUUAUGUCAUACCGAAGUCAAGCCAUUCACCUGACCAUAUUAAAGUGGUGUCCGUCUUCUACACAGUGGUGAUCCCCAUGUUGAACCCCCUCAUCUACAGUCUGAGGAACAAAGAGGUGAAAGAGGCCAUGAGAAAAUUGAUGGGACAAAAGACAUGCUCUGAAACAUUUAAAUGCCUAAAAAAAUUUUAAGACUGAAUUUGUGGUCAAUUUUUAUAGUAAAGAUAUUAUCAGCUUAAAAAUAGACUGUUAUAACUAUAAGAAAUUUC